GUUCGGUUCGAGAUCUUCAGAAUAUUUGAUUAUUGAUGGGCCAGUCAAACCAAUUGCCUCACUAAACUUGGACUGAAGCCCAAUUCGUUUCUGCAGUUUUGGACUAGAACAGUUUUAGAUGGAGCUUCGCCUCCCAUUCGGAUCUGGCCGCCUCUCUCCGUCCACCGGACAAUCGCCGGCGGGAUUUUCUUCUUUUAUCACCACCCAACCUCAGUCCCUCAGGCAAAAGAAGGUUUUAUGCAGAGAUAGUGUAAUGCUUGUCUUAAAACAAGUGAGCAUUUUCAGUUCAGUUUGUUUAGCUAAGCCACGAGCUGCUUGUGGAUAAUUUCAAAAAGAUUUAAUUUUGCUAUUGGGAACUACUCCCUCUGUGUGGAUUUAGUUGUCCACUUUCUUGUUUAUGGUUGUAAUGAAAUAUUUGUUCACUCUUCAUACUUGAAAAAAAAAUAAUAAUGAUGAAUCGUCUAAAAUAUCUUACAGAUUGUGUAUGAGCAUUGUUGACAUGACAAACUCACAAACAUAUUUGAAGGACCUAUUUGUCAUUUUAAACUCAUUUUCUGGAAUAUGA